UUCUAUAUGGAGCCUGUUCACGACAUCGUGAACAUAAAAAGACUGACGUUGAUGGACCUCGCAAACAAAAGAAGGCAGUUCAGGCACGAGGUCAAGAAAAGUGUGAAUUUGCAAGAAACAGAUACCGUAGAAUCUGUGGUUCGUAGGGCGGUGACAGCGCAAAUUUUUGAUUCAGAAGACUUUGAAAUGCAAGUUGAUAGGUGGUUGUCUUCGGCUGAUAAGGCGAAUUCAUUGAAGGCCAAGAUGAGCCGUAGCUGCAACGCAUUUCUUCAUACUCUGGGAUCGAAGAGCGUUGCACAGGUUGCACGAGAAAUGGAGGAAGACACAGGUGAAACCCCGAACCGAGACGAUAUGUUCAUUGUCUCGCAUACCAAGAAAGAUGGGACCCCUGUGAAUGUAACGGCUGGGGAAGCUAUGGCGAAGAUAAAGGCAAUUAUCGAAAAUCAGUCGCCUUCAGGACGAGAAAGUUCACAGGGGUCGGUAUAUUGGUCGCACAACGAUGCGUGCGCACAAGUGCUAGGACGGGAACAUUCCGGACGUGUACGAGGGGUGGGGCUAGGGCCGACUCCCGGUAAAUCCUCCUCUUAUUCCUUCGAACAAGGAUCAAUAUCUAGUGCGCCUACUUCCAGAGAAAUAGAGAUGGCUGCUGAGGUAGAACGCUUGAGGAAUUUGUGUGAAGAGCAAAACACCAAAUAUGCAGCGCAACAGCAAGAGUUGGAAAGUGUCAAACGUAUGGUAGCCAUGAUUAUGGCGGGAAAAGUACCAUCAACAGAAAACAACCAAGAAGGUGAUGUCUAGUUGUCUAGGUAUUUGAACUUGAUUUUUGUUGUCCUUGUAAUUGAAUUUAAC